AUGGCUACUGCAUGUGGUCAACUACAACGUAAAAGUGUAGUCAAUGAACAACAGGUCCGUGUAAUGACCCGGAGACUCCAGAACGGGAUGUACAAUUACCUUGGCAACCUGGCAACGUAUGGACUUGGCUGUGCAAGUCCAUCUUCGGAGUGCAUUUGUCUACUCUGGAGCACAUUGGAUCGACUGUCGUUGGCACUGCGCUCCGGAUACGAAUACAUCGUGGAGGAGGACGUCAUGGACCUGAGUGAUCGAAGUUUGUAA